AUGAAGCGCACUCCGUCCUCGUUGUCGGGCUCGCCGUUAGCGCCCAAGUAUGGAGAGGGAGCGUCAUCUAUUUUAACGGCCGCCGGUGGACGGGCCGGCAAUCCGUCAAGCACAGCAGCACGCCAUGGAGGAGCUACUGGCGGCGGCGAUGGCGGCAUCCGAGGCUCCCCUUCACCGUUCUCGCUGCGUCGACCCGCCCUGAGUGCAAGCGAUAGUGCGGGAGAUAGUCCGGGAGGAGAUGAUGGUGUUCCCUCCGGUGCUGGUGCUAGUGCUGGUGGUGGUGGUGGUGGUGGUGGUGGUGGCUCGGAGAGGGACGGAAGUGGGACGACGGACAGCAGUGUGGGGAGUGGGAUACUCACCGCCGCCGAUAUUUUGGCAUAUCGCGCUACUAGUAGCUCAACGCGAAAAGGAUCGCUGCACGCCGGCGGGAGUCCCAGCAGCAAUCGCGUGGCGCAGCCUUCAAAAGAGGCAGUGGCCGCUAAGUCCGCCCACAAGCCCGCUGGCGUGGUGGCGUCGACGGAUGCCGCGUCGAGUGCUGGUUCGGUGGCUUCUGACUCAUCCGACGUCAGCACCCGAGCCUGUGAGUCAGCCUUGGCCAGUCGUCGUGGCGGCCAUGCGAGCCCGCGUGCGAAGCCGAUGGACGCUCGUCACAACUCGUCGUCGUCGCUAUGGAGGUCACCAUCCGCGUCGUUCCCCUCUCCUCCUGCUGCAUCUGCUGCCGCCCCGUCAGCAGGCGCGAAGUCAAGAGGCGAGGCGGGCGCGUCGCCAUUGUCAGCAAGAGCGCCGCAGCAAGCGGCAGCCCGCGCCAUGAUGCUGCGGCGGUCACGUAGCUUCUCCACGUUCUCGCGCCCCCCUGCUACCGGUACGCCUGCUACGACCGGCGCGAUUGCUGGAGCUAGUUCUGCGGACGGCAGCAACAGUGGUGCUCAUUCCGCGUGCAGCAGCGCUGUUUCCGCGUGCGCCUCUGGCCGUAAACGGAACGAGAGGGAUGGCUGA